AUGGAGCUGGUACCCGAGGACCUACUCGCCGACAUCCUCCGCCGUGUCUCCGCCCAUGACCUGGCCGCGGCGCGGUGCGUCCACAGUUCCUGGCGCGCCGUCAUCCACAACCACCGCCUGAUGCAACUUGUCCAGCUCCCGCUAGCCGGCAUCUUCAUCAGCUUCAACGACCACGCAUUCUCGGAGCUCUUGGCCCGCCCUGUGCCGCCGUCCGCCAAGGUCAGCGGCAAGGUCCACCAGUACAUGCCGACCACCGAUCCAAUCCCGGUCGCAGACCACUGCAACGGCCUCCUACUCCUGAGCUGCGCCUACGUGGUCAACCCCGCCACGCGGCGGUGGGCCAGCCUGCCCUUCCCGCGGCCAUCGUUUCCUAUCAGCUGGACCGGCUUCCCCCGGUAUGACUACAUCGUGUUCGAUCCUGCCGUGUCGCCGCACUACGAGGUCGUCAUGAUCCCUCACCUUCCUAAUAAAGGGGCCAAGAUGGUGGACGCCCGGAUCGAUGGGUGGGAGUGGCCGCCCUCCUCCAUGAUGUAG